UGUAUAUUGCUUAGCUUGGUUCUAAGAAUUUUGCUAGCAGCGUAGUUCUUGUCAUUUCUUUCGAUUUGAGACACGGAACCAGAGAAGCCAGAUUUACAGACCCUGUCUGCAGAUAUUUGAAAUUUUUACCUGGCAUCUCUGCACGGAACUACUUUCUGAUUAUUUGGUUGUUGUGUAUAGCUGUGGCGUGUACUUGUGGUAAUAGUGAAAUAAACAUAGCAGCAGAUUGGAGGAAACAUUGAAACGAUGUCCAAGCAGUUCAAACGUAAACAAUCGCAGAAUACAGCACUGUCGACCAAUUCUAACUGGAACAUAGAUGAUUAUCGAACUAUUCAUGAGCCAGAUGAACAUUGGGACCUACGGCGCACUUUUAUGUUGCGACAUCAGCACGCGAUUCCGGAGGAUGAACUCGUCUGCAUGGCUCAGGUAUUUGUCAAUGUGGAGUUGUUGCACUGCCGAUAUCCUUUGGAAACCAUGGAACGACUUAAGGAAUUAUCUGAAGGAGUUGCCAAUGAGUAUCGUGCUUCCAGAAGGAACAAACUUCAACGCACGUUCGUUUCGGCUUCGGAUGCUGCAGCAUCCAAGGUACAACGUAAGGGACCCGAAGAACAGGUUUCCCACAGUGGCUCACAGCUAAGAGCAGAAUACUCGAGGAAGUUCAAACCAGUACAGGAUAUUCAAACUAUUGAGGAUGUUUACAACAAUGUCGUGUUGAUGAAUAACAACUAUGAACAAACCAAAAUAGAGUUUGACAAAUUAGGAACGGGUCAGAUGCAACUUGUUACUUCGAGAGGCUCGAGCGGAAACGUCUUAGCCCAGAUACAGAUAGCACAGUUUGUCUUAGCCAAAGCGUUAUGCGAUGGAGAAAAAUCGGCUAAGAAAGAUGUGAAAGAGUUGUUCCUAAAUACGAUGGCUCAACAUUGCUACAAAAUUAUCCGAAAGAAACAGUCCGUCAGCUUGAACAGCCAGAGUAUCGAACGAAAGGAAGUGGAUGGAACCGUUAACCAUCGGGGACAAAAGAUUGUGAAUGACUUCAAGGAGCAAAAAAUUGACGAAAGCAAUUUGGGAUUCAAGUUACUUCAGAAACUCGGCUGGGGCGGUGGUUCUUUGGGAUCUAGAAGCGGUGGUAUUGUUGAUCCCAUUAACUGUCAGAUCAAAAUUGGUCGUCAAGGUCUUGGUGGUGGUGGUGGUAGUGGUAGUGGUGGACAAACUGAAAAUCCAACAAAAAAACAGAAAAUUAAUCCCACCGACCAAACCUACGAGAUCGAUAUUAAUUUCUACAAGCGGACUAUGCAAAAUUUUCGAGACAGUGGCAUUGAGUACGAUUUAGUAUUUAGCAAUGAGUUCACCAAGGAAGAACGAGCUUUAUUCCACAGCAUGGCUCAACGGUUGAAUCUGAAAACUCGUAGUUUCGGUAGUGACAAAGAUGGGUCAAGGCAGUUUGUACUGUUAGGGCGCAAACUGACACCGCACGAGCUGCUGGAUCGAAUUCUCGUUGAAAAAGAUCCUAUCUUUUGCGAAAUGUACUAUGUAGAAGCUCCGGAAUCUGAUAAAAGCGAUGAUUAAAAUAUAAGUAGAUUUCUUCUAAA